UCAUGGGGUUUACUAGAUUGAAGAAGAGUGCCUGAGUUUGCUACCUGGUGUCUUGGUGGCGCUGGGUUUUAGACUUGUGAUAUAUGUUUGCGGAUCACCAUCAUGUAACUCGCUGGUAUUUAUUUUCAUAUCGCUCAAACAUGUGGACACAGAACGUGCAUAAACUGCAGAAAUAGUGUGAGCACAGAAUGGCUUGAGAGGAAAUGCUCGCUGAUCACAUGUGCUGAAGAAACAGCAGACGAAGUAUAAACUGCUAGGAGGAGUCUUUUCUGGUUGAGAAAACUUAGGGGCCACAGACGAACAGAUAGGGGAGACUACAGACAAUUGUAUCACUGAAAAAUCAAAUAGCAGAGACUUUGCGUGGUUAAUUAGGGAGGAGAUCAAGACAGGCAGAAUACAGUUGGUUGUAUGACUCUAAGAUAAUUUUGGGAACAAAGUAUACAUUUGCUACAUUUUAGUACAGAUGAGGCAAACCAGAUUGCUCAGGCUACACUCCUGGCACCAAGUGUCUUUGUGAGAACUGUGCAGGAUAUAGUGUGCAGGGCAAGGUGGGACAGAUGAGAACUGUUCUGGGCACAGCAGCACCGCAUCUGUCUCUAUAUAGACAAAUAGGAGCAGAUGAGUUACUAUGCAAAUAGCUUAAAACCCCAUACAGUGACAGAAGAUAGAGGGUGUUUACACUUAGAUUGAUGACUGUCAGUGCCUAAGCAGUAAAGAUGCCAGGAGUGGAGGACAGGAGGGAUAGUCCGGAUUCUCCCCAAGAUGAACCCAUGAGCUCUUCAGGAGAAGCCCCCAAGGAUCAACCAUCCAGGCUAUGCGGCUACCUGUCCAAGAUGUCUGGGAAGGGGCCCCUCAGGAGUUUCAAGAGCCGCUGGUUUGUGCUGGACCCUCGCAGAUGCCACCUUUAUUAUUUCAAGAACGCGCAGGACUCCCAAGCACUGGGACAUAUUGAUAUUGGAGAUGCCUCGUUCAGCUACGACCUCGAGGCAGAGGAGGGGCAGUUUGAGAUUCACAGCUCCGGCGGCCGGGUGUCCAUACUCCGGGCACCAAGUCGCAAGGCCAUGGCAUACUGGUUGCAGGAACUGCAGCAGAAACGCUGGGAAUACUGUAACAGUUGUGGAGCAACAAAGAGAGACAGCGUCAUAAGCCCUGUAGCCUUGGAAAUCCCCACUGGUCUGGUGGCCAAAGAAAAUGCAGCAGAUCUUAUGAACAUUCCAAAUUUAAAUGAUGCUGCUGAAAAAGCUCGGAACCACUUUGCAACAGAUGUGUGUCCAGAUGUCCUUGGUGACCAGACGUCAAGCCACACAGCCCCAAUGCAGGUCAUGCUUAGACUGUGGAGCAAUGACUUCAGAACUUCAAUGCAAAGUCUUCGUCCGGGUAAAAACAGUAGCGAUAGCAGAAAGAGUGUGUUCUAUACCAGUGAGGAGUGGGAACUGCUGGACCCAACUGCCAAGGAGCUGGAAGAAUCCCUUUUGCAUGAUGAGAGGAGGAAACAGUCAGCGGAACCAGUCAAAGGGAACAUAGCAGGUACAACUUUCCCGUUUGAUUUUGGACGUCUUCCUCACAAAGCACUGCGCCCCCUUCGAGAGAAAAUCGUAGUGAACAAGAGCCGGAACAGCAUGGACAGCCACUCUGUGGAGUCUCUACCUUCAAUUAACCACAAGAUUGAGUGGGAGAGUCCCCAAAAAACUGAGAAUCAUGAGGAAGAGUUGGAGCACCUGAGGAAGGAUCUGCUCAGCCAAAAGGAACUUGUUAAAAUCUUACAACAAUCACUGAGGUCAUCCCAAUAUGAUAAAUAUUAUGCCAGACCUUUCUGUGAGGAAGUAUCAAAAGACAACUUAUUACAGCAGAAGGAUGAUCAGCUCAAAGGACUUAAUCUGCUUAUAGAGAAACUGACCAUGGAGAAGGACAAUGAAACCACAAAUCUGAAGGUUACAAUAGGAGAAUUGAAAGACCAACUUAACAUGAUGAUGGAAACUAUCCAAGCCAAAGACGAGGUUAUCAUGCGCUUAUCUAGACAGCUCAGUGACUAUGAGCAGCACUCACCUUUGCCAAGUGUGGUUUCAGAGACUCCAGUAUGUUUAGAGAGAGAACAGGAACUGAGCAGACUUCAAGAUAGUUUACAAGGCUACAAAGCUCAAAAUAAGUUUCUCAACAAGGAGAUCUUGGAACUGUCUGCCUUGAGAAGAAAUGCAGAGAGAAGGGAGAAUGAGCUGGAGGCCAAGUAUUCCAACCUAGAGGCCAAGCUUUGCCAGAUUGAGAGCAAGUACCUAGUACUGCUUCAGGAGAUGCAAACACCAGUGGGUUCAGAUGACAGAGGGCCAGCUCGAGAAGUUGUAACUCAGUUACUAGAGGAUGCUCUAAAGGUGGAGACGGCUGAACAGCCAGAACACCACUUCCUCAGGCUUCAUCCAAUCAGUAAAUUUGACAUCUAUGGUUUUGAGAUCCUUCCUGAGGAUGAUGAGGAGGAGAAAUUAGUUGCCAGAGUGCGAGCUCUAGAACUAAAGACUUUAUCACUAACAGACAAUCAAGAAAUCUCUACAGUGGUCAAGUGGGAAAACUACUUUGCCAGCAUGAUGAACCGUGAAAUGGUACGUUCUCCAGAACUUAAGAAUCUGGUUCGAAAUGGGAUCCCUCAUGAGCACCGUUCUAGAAUGUGGAAAUUGUUUGUGCAUCUGCAUAUCAAGAAGCUGAAGGAUGAAGCAGCCCAUGGCUACUUCCAGAGCUUGCUACAGAAUGCCCUGGAGAAGCAAAAUCCUGCCUCAAAGCAGAUAGAGCUUGACCUCAUGAGAACACUGCCCAACAACAAGCACUACACCUCACCCACCUCUGAGGGCAUCCAAAAACUGCGCAAUGUCCUACUCGCAUAUUCAUGGAGGAACCCAGAUAUUGGAUACUGCCAAGGAUUAAACAGACUGGCUGCCAUUGCCCUUCUCUAUCUGGACCAAGAAGAUGCCUUUUGGUGCCUGGUCACUAUAAUUGAAGUGUUCAUGCCACGGGAUUAUUAUACAAAGACUCUGCUGGGAUCCCAGGUUGAUCAGCGUGUAUUCAAGGACCUGAUGAGUGAAAAGCUGCCUCGUCUGAGUGCUCACUUUGAGCAAUACAAAGUGGAUUAUACACUUAUAACAUUUAACUGGUUCCUGGUAGUGUUUGUAGACAGUGUGGUCAGUGAUAUCUUCUUUAGGAUAUGGGACACUUUCCUAUACGAAGGAUCAAAGGUUAUUUUCCGCUUUGCUUUGGGAUUAUUUAAAUACAAAGAGGAAGACAUUUUGAAGCUACAAGACUCAAUGUCCAUAUUUAAAUACCUGAGGUAUUUUACUAGGACCAUCCUUGAUGCACGGAAGCUCAGUAAUAUAGCCUUUGUGGACAUGAAUCCAUUUCCCUUGCGCCAAAUUCGCAAUCGACGAGCAUACCACCUGGAAAAGGUUCGGCUUGAGCUCUCUGAGCUAGAGGCCAUCCGUGAAGACUUUAUACGGGGACGAGAGACCAACCCAGAGAGGCGGGACCUUAUCAGUGAUGAUGAAGAGGACAACUAAAGAACGUUGACGUUCAGAAGUGCCUCACGCAUUUUGUGCUGCAGAAAAAUCCAGAAGACUCUUAAAAACGCUGGGCGUGUUUGUAAAAAUUAAACAUUUAUGCUGGGGGAAAAAAGAACUAAGAAAUCUAACUAAUUGGAUACAAUACCAGGCUCAUUCAACAAGCCAAUGCCUUAAGAUAUCAGUUUUGUUUCAGUAAAAGUCUUAAAGUUCACUCUAUUUUUAACAGUGCUGUGGAAAUCCUUUUAAUAUGUUCAUUGUUCAGGACAGAAUCUAGGUGUGAAGGUGUCUUUAGAUUGUAGUAAAAUCGCAUCUAGUAAAAGUAAAAACACAAUCCAAAUGCAUAUUGUGAACGUUCCACAAAAAGCUCUUACAAUUUUAUUUUUUAUUAAGCACUUUAAAAACAAAUCUAUUUUAAGUCUAUAAAAGCACUUAAACUAUUCCUAGAGCUGUGGACCUGUAGUUAUCAUUAUUCCAUUCUUUUUAUAUAUAUAUAUAUUUUCUACAUCUUUUUUUUUCAUCAUGUACUUUGUAUAAGUACACUUUUGUAUUUUUUCUUUUACGUUUAAAAACUUAAGUUAUACUUUUUUGUGUAUUGAUGUAUUACGCUCUAUGCUAUACUCUGAUAACAUUGAUGUUACAUAAAGCAGUAUUAUAGAAACUAUCUUUUAAUGUGACAGUGAAAUGGUUAAUAUUCACGCCUGGUCAUCAGGAUCUGGUUUUAGAACAAAUUUCAUUUACUUUGUAUUUAAGGGGGUAUUAACACAGUUUUAUAUAUGCCCAUAUUUUAUCAGUAAUUGAAGGGAGAUAAUAAUCAGUUGAAAUGUUUGAUUGCAUUUCAUUUAUGGAUAGAAUCAUUUUUGCAGUGCAUAUUCAUUAGCGAGCAAAUAUUCCAGUAAAAGCGAUCACUGUUCCAGGGAUAGAUAAUACUAUACACUGGCGCAUAGACACAUGUGCACCACCAUUUAAACACUACGCCUGCAAAGAGAGUCAGUGGUGGCGAGCAGGGAUUAUGCAAACAGUCAUGACAUAUGUCCCCUAAGAUCUGCAUCAAAAAAUUACACAGACAUUUUGUUAGCCCAGUUUACAAAAUGUGUUAAAUCUAGAGCAGUUCAGGGAUGCACACGUUGUAAAGCCUGGUGCAAAACAUUUUCCUUCGAUGUGUAGAAUGUUGCAAGGUCAGAUACAAUUAUUUACUUUAGAGACAUUAUGAAGCGGGAACUGUUUUCAGUUUUACAUCAAAUCAGAAGCAAUAAUAAUUUAUAUUGUAGUGCACAAUUUAUUUUAUUUGGGUUUACAGUUUGUUUAAUGUCCCCUUUUAAAAAAAAUAAAAAUAAAGCAACAAUAAGUAUAUGUGGGUAGCUGCCAUAUUAUUCCAUAUUUAGUGAACUGAAAAUUUACUCUACAUUUCUCAUAUUAAUCUAUGGAUAUCCCUUUAAUCCCUAUUAUGUAUAAUCUUUUUUCUGAAUUGUGUAGACAAAUACGGGUCAUGGAUUUCUGUUUCUGCAAACCUGUUUAACCUAUCUGACUGUUCUCUUGUUUGUGGUAUCAUCCUCUGUCCCCUACACAAGAGCACAAUGUUACAAACUCUGCCUCUAUUUCACUUAGCCACCAGAGCUUUUAUUUAUAGCUGUCACUCAUCCUCAGUGGGGUAGUAUCAUGGUGCAUGAGAAUCCACUUUUCAAUUUGGCUGCACAUUAUUUAACUAUAUUAAACAGCUCUCUGAAGGAAAUGCCACGUAUUUCAUGUGACUGGGUCUGCAAAGUAAAUAGCAACGUACAUUGUAUAAGUUUAUCACAUUAACUCUCUUAGCUGCCAAGGAGGGCAUUGCUUUGCAAUACACACAUCCUUGUCUAUCAGCCAGGGGUUUCCCUGCUGGAUGUUGGUCUACAAUAACACAGCAAAUGACAGUCACUGUUUUAAAGUGUAAUCAAUGCCAUGUUGUCACAAGUGACAUUGUGGGUGCUACCUUGUCAGUGCACCACAGAAAUGUAAGCAACUUUACUACUGUGAAUUUCAGUUAACCCCUAGAAAGCUAGAGAGGAUUUACAGCACAAGUGUUAAAUGAAAGAGAUUUCCUUUUAAAGUUUUUUAGGUGAUUCUAAAGGUUGUGUUAACCUUCAUUACAGGAUCCUGCAUCACAUUGUGAAUAGAUUUGACCCUAAGCUGCAUUAUUCUGCUAAAACUGCCAAGCACUAUUAAAGGGACACUGAACUCAAUUUUUUUCUUUUAUGAUUCAGAUAGAGCAUGCAAUUUUAAGCAACUUUCUAAUUUACUCCUAUUAUCAAUUUUUCUUUGUUCUCUUGCUAUCUUUAUUGGAAAAAGAAAGCCCAGAACCUUGGACAGCACUUGUUUAUUGGUGGAUGAAUUUAUCCACCAAUCGGCAAGAACAACCCAGGUUGUUCACCAAAAUGGUCCAGCAUCUAAACUUACAUUCUUGCUUUUCAAAUAAAUAAACCAAGAGAAUGAAGAACAUUUGCUAAUAGGAGUAAAUUAGAAAGUUGCUUAAAAUUGCAUACUCUAUCUGAAUCGCAAAAGAAAAAAUUUGGGUACAGUGUCCCUUUAAUGAAAAUCAGUGGGGAGGGGGGGUUCAGGACCUGUAAAGAUGACUAUUUUUUGUUAUAUUUCAAAAUGCUGGAUUUUGCUGUUCAAUUGUAUCCAUCACUGCAUUUUUAUGAUAUACUUUUCUUUUAAAGUUUAAUCAUUAUCAUUUAAUCACUGUGAAUUUUCUCCUUGUAUUUACUGUCAGGGUGGUUGCAAAUGAUUGUGUAGCAUUGCUCUGUCAGAUUUAUUGCAGUAUAAUGUUACAUUCAGGUUGUUAUAAUUGGUCAGUUCAGUAACAAUUUAUCACUAUUUGCAGCCGUUUGUGUCUUGUAGGUGGAUUUAAUUUUUUUUUUUUUAUUAUUUUUUUUUCUGUAUCAGUUCUGUUGAAAGUUACAUGGUAAAUGCAAUUGUGUUAUAAGGGCCUAAUUUGUGGCUAUUGCUGAUAUCAUAUUAUGUGACAUUUGUCACUUGCUGUCACCUGUAUUUUGCUACAUCUUAUUAAGUUUACAUGUAAUAAAAUAAUGUAAUAUCCAA